AUGGAGGGACCUGAGACAGAGGAGAGGAAGGAGAGAGGUAGGGGAGAGGAGGGCUGGGAGGGCGGCACGGGCGCGGGCGCGGUCCGGGGCCCCGAGGGCAGGGGCCGGCAGCAGGUGCGCGGCGUGGACCUACAAGUCCCAGCGUGCCCGGCCGCCCUGACCCAGCGCCCGCCGCCGCUUAAAGGCUACGGGAGUCGCAGCCGUCGGGUCGCCGCGGCUUUUGCCGCCGUGGCUCCGAGGGCGGGAACGGCAGACUCGGCUGCCAGCUCUACCGGCGUCCCGGCUCGGGCAGCGCCGAGGGGCGCUCCUGGUCCAGCUCUCCCGGCUCGGGGGUUCCUUGCCGAGGCCCGACGCGUCCCGGGCCCGCGCCCCGGGCUCCCCGCCUCGGCCGCCGCGGCCUGCAUAGAGCGGCGCUGCGCGCGGCGGCAAUGGGAGAGAAGAAAGAGGGCGGUGGCGGGGGUGAUGCGGCGGCCGCGGAGGGAGGCGCAGGGGCCGCGGCUAGCCGGGCGUUGCAGCAGUUCGGGCAGCUCCAGAAGCUCAUCGACAUCUCCAUCGGCAGCCUGCGCGGGCUGCGCACCAAGUGCGCUGUGUCCAAAGACCUCACCCAGCAGGAGAUACGGAACCUGGAGAUUCUUUUCAAUAUAUCCCAUCAUGGUUGAACUCAAAGUCAUUGCUUAUUUAAAAUCUACAACUGCUGACGUUUUGUAUCCUUCGCAUUGCAGAUACAACAGAGAAAUGCAUAAUGUCCAGUGAAUUUAUUAAAGUUCCCAAGUCGGUCGUGCGCAGUGUCUCACGCCUGUAAUCUCAACGCUUCGGGAGGCCCAGGCGUGUGGAUCAU